UUACAAGAGGGUGCGUGUGUAGAAUCAGGUUAAACUGGUCAAACGUGCCUGCUGUUCACAUGCUAGAGUUUUAGUGUAACUGUGCUGCUUACAUAUUCAUAUUUUCACCCGACUCACUGUACUGUAGUGAUCACUCUCCUAUGUCUUACUAAGUCAUCUAAGACUCUGACUUCAAAAGUCAUUAGUGAGGGCUCACACGGGCAUGCUUUCUCAGUAAACUAAACUCUUCAAAAUGGAAGCUGGUUAACAGACGGAAGAACAGAUCAUUUGUUUACAGAUUCCUCUCACAGAGAGAAAACAUCGAACACAUUUCAUUCAAACAACACACAUAAUGAUGAUUAACAAAAGAACUCUUCGACAAGUCGUUGUGUUUGUCAGUGUCGCCAGCACUAUCUGUAUAGUUCUCUUCUGUCAAACAUCUACCUGGAGUUUUCACACAGAUGCAUGUGUCUGUAACUGCGCAAUGGAUUCGGAGGGUCUUUUGUGGUUUUCUCAACGAUAUAAACCCUCUGCUAACGUGACACUUAACACCAAGAACAGCCCACUGGAUUUCCACACCUAUUGGUGGUGGAAGAGUCUACAAAAUGAAUCAACUGUAGCCGACUAUAAAAAAGUGGUGGAGGUGUUGUUUUCCCUCUUCCCAGAUAAAGAUCACUACUCCGACACCAGUCCCAGCCGCUGCAGAACCUGUGCUGUAGUGGGCAACUCGGGCAACCUCAUCGGAUCCCAUUAUGGUGCGCUCAUAGAUUCACAAGACUUCGUUAUAAGGAUGAAUGAGGGCCCAACAAAAGGUUUUGAGCAGGACGUGGGGUCUAAGACCACUCACCGUGUCAUCUACCCCGAGAGCGCUGUGGACAUGGAUGAGACGACUCACCUCAUUCUGUUGCCCUUUAAGAUUCUGGAUCUGCAGUGGCUCAUCAGCAUCUUCACCACCAGACACAUCGAUCUGACAUACAUGUAUGUGAAACCAUCAGUUAAAGCAGACAGGAAUAAGGUGAUGAUCCUCCAUCCUGCAUUUAUGAAAUAUAUCUAUGAGAGCUGGCUGCAGAGUCAUGGAGGAUAUCCUUCCACUGGCUUCAUAUCACUUAUAUUCGCCCUGCACAUCUGUGAUGAGGUCAGCAUGUUUGGGUUUGGACCUACAAAAGAUGGAGUUUGGCAUCAUUACUUUGACGAUUUUUUUUUAAUGCAUCACUCAGUUAAAGACAUAAGGAUACAGCAGUAUGACAAACCUCAACAGAGAAAACAGAGCAGCUCCAGCACUCACCUUCAUCGUUUCUGA